AACCUGGAUUGAGACUACUUUUUAAAACCAGCACAAUCUUAAAUGCUAUAGAAAAGACCCAGCCUCAGAGGCUGAUUGUUAGGACUUCCUCAGUUAAUUAGUGACAUUUUUAAAAUGUUGGUAGUGCAUGAACUGGGUCAAGAAAGCAGGUCAAAGUCUUCAGUUUUCUUAGUAUUUUUUGAUUUCACCAUCAUCCACUGUCCAGUGUAGCCUCACACUGUACCCUGGAUGUUUCUUUGCUGAUGUCUGUAGAGCUUUUUGUUUCUGUAGCCUAAUUUAGCAGCUCAGAUGGUUUUGGACUGAGACUUGAAGUAUCUUAUGAUUCGAUUUGUUCUGAUCCUGUUCUUUUCCAAACACUUGCACUGUGUGUCUACGAUAUCUCCAAAGAAUCCACCAUCACCUUCGUCUGCCUAUCAAGUUAAGAAUAAGGAUUAAAAUAGAGAUUUCAAGAAUAGAACAGUUGUUACUGCAGAAAAACUAGUGAGGCCUGUAGAUGGGUCCUUGAAUGUUUAUCUAGUAAUCACGGGAGGGUUCUGAGGAAGCUUGAUAAAGAUCCCCGGGAAGUUGAGGAAUGUUUGCUUGCAGCUCUGCACUCAUUUCCUUGAGUCAUAAGCACAAAUUACCCUCCUCUUUGUCAACAUGAAAGACCAAACUUUGCGUGUUAUUGCUUGUGUAUAAACCAGCUAUAGGCCUACAGAUAUCACAGACCAUUAUGUCUGAAUAUGUGUGUCUCGGACAGUGGUAGUCAAAAAGCAUAGGCCCCUUUGAGCUUUAGCUCUGGGGCUGACCGAGAGCAUCUGAUCAGAAGCCCUGCACAAAGCGUGUAGGGGUGUGGGAGCUCAGAGAGGUACAGUAGGCUGGUGCUAACACAUUGAGUGCCUUAAAAACCUUAAAAUGAAUCCUGUAAUGGACCGGAGGCCAAUGAAAUACCAUUAAUACAGGAGAGAUAUGGUCAUGCUUACUAGCGCCUGUGAGGAGCCUGGCCAGCACCAUUUCAGACGAGUUGAAGACAAGGGAAUGAGAACUGGCUGAUAUCUGUAUAUAAUGCAUCACAAUAACCACGUCGAGAUGAAUCACUUUGUUUUCAUAUGGGUGAAUAACAUUCAAAAGACAUCAGUGCUUUAAUGUCUCCUUGUGGUACCUCAGAAGAAAGAGGAGCAGAGGAGGAUGAACAUUCAUCGAUGCCAACUGAAAAAGUCCUGUUUAACAAUUAGGAUUUGAACCAAUCUAAAGCAGAUCCCUGAACACCACAACAUUUUUCAAGAUGUGAAAUACGAAUGUUGUGGUCCACAGGAUCAAAUCUAGAAGCACCAAAAUAUUUUCAGUUAUUUGCAGAAGAUCAUUAAAAACUUUUAAAAAUGCAGAUUCUAGAUUUUCUUUUUUAUUAGUUAUUAUUAAGUAGUCAGUAAAGAUGAUGGAGGUCGUACUCCGACUAUGGAAAGUUCCAUUAAUACGAACAGGAGUGGGGAUGUACGAGGCCUGAGCCAACUUUGAACGCAGAGAGGAUGUGGAAACAGGUUGCACUGCCAACAUUGUUCAACUAAAGCCAAAUAGAGGGGUGGUGAUCUUGGUGCAUUCACUUUCUGACCAACUUUUAGUCUCGUAGUGUGUUCAGAGGUUUUUGUUUUACAAGAAAAUAACUGGGAAAAUGUUUUUCCAUUUCAUUCUUUUGGGUGUUUCUUUGAGUUUUCUGCAUGGCUUCCAUGUGCUCAGCCAGGAUGACAGCUGUGCAGAUAAACCUGUGUUCAGUCCGUCCAGACUGGUAGUGAAGCACGGCGACCCAGCCUCGGCCACCUGCACGAUAUGUCAACCUGGCUGCAACUUUACAAGUCCUGGUUUAGAAACAUCAGUGGGGAACCAUGUACUAAACGGCAGCAGGAUUUUGUGGACAGUUGACAGAAUGACUGAAUGGGAUGUAAUUCCUAUGUGCCAUUAUGAAGACGCUAAUGCUACGCAGUGUCUUAGCAAACUGGCUGUAACUGUUUACAAGCCUCCAGACAAUGUGUCCAUCACCUUUGCUCACCACACUGGCCCGAUGUUGGAGGGCCAUCAGUACACUCUGCAGUGCACAGUGCAGAACGUUGCUCCUGUUGAAAACCUCACUGUGACCUUCUACAAAGGACGGACACAGCUGGGUCAAACACAGAUCGAGAAUAACACACAGAAGAAACCCACGAAUGUGAUAAAAACUCUGGACGUCACUGUACGUAAGGAUGAUGAUAGAGUCCAGUACUGGUGUAGAGCCAAGCUGGAACUGGGACCUGAAGGACCACAGCCCCCUCCGGUGGUGACAUCACAACACAUCACUGGAACCGUCUACUAUGCGCCUCAGCUCAUGAGCGUGCCACAUUUAGAGCAGAUCACCGUCAAAAAAGGAGAUCCGCUACAACUGAACUGCUCAGCUGUGGGAAACCCCAGACCGUCGUACACAUGGAUGCUCCCUCUGGCUCAGCCUUCCUCCUUCAGCGACAGCGUUCUCACUAUCGACUCUGUAACUUCUGUGAACCAAGGGCAGUACAACUGUACUGUCAGCAACAGCGUGGGGACAAUCACUGUGCACUUUAAUGUGGAUGUCCAAGGUUUGGAGCAAACCACCAUCAGAUUGCCGCCUACAACUGCAACCACAACUACAACUACAACUACAACUACAACUGCAACCACAACUAGAACUGCAGCCACACCUACAACAAAUGUACCAAGCCACAGUACCAGCAUCACACUGACCCACUGGUUUAUAAUGUGUUUCGUGCUUUUAUUCUCAAUUCUGGUUGGAGUUCAUCCCUAAAGAAUUUAUGUAAGAGGCUCUUUGUGUCCACAGUGGUGACAUGUAGUCAAAGGCCUCUAAAGCUGUACAUCACGCACUUCUGAUGUCGAUACAGUCACUUCUCUAAACACACCUAAAAGGCAGCUAGCUGUUUAAGAACAGGGCCAUUUCUAAGCACAGGCGAGCUAGGCAAUUGCCUGGGGCGCCACCAGGUGGACGGGUGGCGAAGAGGAUGAAGAAUAUUUUGUGAUUAGACGUCCAACAUACUUUUAAAAGUCUGACACUGACGUCAGUGACGUCACCCUUUAUAUUUGCUAUCACACUGCAGCUGAUUCUGAGAGGACCUCAUGGUUCAUGAGCUCACACUGCUAUUUGUUUGUUUAUCUGGAUCUCCAUUAGCUUCCACAACAACUACUGAACCCCUCGCCUUUUUUCAUUAUAGUGUGGUUACUAGAGUCUGAUGUGAACUAAAUUAAUUCAGACAAAUCAGGCCAAUUCCAGUGAUAAUUUAAUAUUCUAAUAAUUCAAGGCAGUUCAAUAGUUUGCAAGAUAGGGAGUCGAAUCACCUCUGCAAAGGAACAAAUACAGUAUUAAAUAAGAAGAUUGUCACAGAGUCCAUCAGUCAUGGUUGGCGACAAGGUACAGUCAGUCAGAGUCUAGAGCCCAGAGUCCACCUGGCUGGGUCCAAACGCACACUCACGACUGCGGCACCAUCGCUCCUUCCUUUCACUAACCCAUAGCUAUCCUAACUUUUUCUUCUCCCAGUUACAUAUCCUGUCCACUCCCAUCCUCAUGGUUUAAGCCAGUCACAGUCUCAUGCCAGCUCUACACCCCUUCUUCCAAUAACUGUCUGCAAUGUCCAGUACAUGAACUUCUUGCACUGACCCAGCACCCAGUUCCUUUCCUUAAAACUGAGCACACAAGCAGCUGAAGUUAUGGCCAACUUCAAGCCUCCCAUUUAAGGAGGGCUUCUCUUGGCAUGUUUACCCAUAAAUUAAACAAGAAGGACACAAGCCAAGAUAUUCUUGCUUCAGCACACUAUCAGUGGAUAGUUCCCAAGGAUCCUCAUGCACAAACAUCUCCAAACAGUUAAGAGAAGAGAAACAGAUCUCUCCAAGAUUAUAUAAACACUUAGCUCACCCUUACAUGACUACUACAAAUAAUAUCUACAGUAUAUAUGAACUACACACUAUUCUAUUACACAUUCCCUCUGGGCUGGUAUCUUGUUUGUUUUAACCACUACAGUAGUACUGUCAAUAUGUUGAGACCAUGAAAAAUGGUGAUCAAGUACAAUACCCAACAUCUUAAUCUGAUUAUCUUAUUCUACUUUUGAGUCCAGUACUGAAAGACGUUGUGGGUGAUUAACUAGCUGUCGUCUACAGUCGAGCUCAGUCCAUUAACACUUUAGUUAAUGUAGUACAGUCACUUGAUGCAUCAGGAUACAUCGAACUGAAGACUUGACACAUAAGGCUAAUCAUUAGUAAAAAUCAGAGCGGACCCAGGCAGCUACCCUGAGGCAUGACACAGGAGGUUUGUCUUCUGUCAGCUAGGUAGGUUUUUAAAAUUCACCAUGUUCCAGAAACAUCAUAAUAUGACACACACUGGGAUCAGGGUAUGGAUACAGGCUACCAGUGGUAGAAGUACUCAGAUUCUUUACUUAACUACAAUAAGAGUAGCAAUACCACACUGUAAAAAUGCUACAUAUGUAUGUAUGUUCGUAAACAUACACAAAUAUGGGGGAGAAAAAAGUACAGUAUUUGCUUCUAAGUAGUAGCAGAAAAUAAAAAUUCUCAAGUACAAGCACCUAAAAUUUGUAUUUAAAUACAUGCUUGAGUAAAUGUACUUAGUUACUUUCCACCGCUGUAGGCUACUGCACAGCACGUGCACAGGUAUGUGCUCAACUUGAGCCUUGCAGUCAGUGAAGCAGUAACUACACCAUGAAACUAAAGUGACGUUCAGAUGCAGGCAAAUCUGGGCAUUUUUUGCUCUUGUGAGUGAGUGACCCACUGAGUAUAUGAAAACCGUUUUAGUUACCAAACGGCAGCAGCAGUGAACAUUACGCAUGUUUCAGGUGAAAACUCCUCUGCUUGCAUGAUUGAAAAUAAUGUGUUAAAAGUUUAAUAAAUGCUGUUUUGUUCCCA